AUGUGCACCGACCAGGACCAUGCAGCACGCCCCUGCUUCCUGUUCCUUGCAGGCCUGCUCUCUUUCUUCUGCCUGCUUGAGGCCGACAGGCGAGGCGAUGACACUGGAGGGACGGCACGGUGUUUCCUCAGUGGCGCGCGCGUGUCAGGCGAGCCCAUGGGAGGCGAGAAGAGCGUAUUCAGUGAACCAAGCUGCGGAGACGCGAAGGAGAGAGGAGCACCGGGGGAAGCGAGCAGCGGAAGAGCCAUCCGGAGCCUGAGGGUGUCGCAUCCACCUCCACCCCACCAUCCUUUCUUUCCCACCGCGCCGUCCUCUCUCCCUCCCACCCACCCUCACCUCCCACCCAUCCUCGCCUCUCCUUCCUACCCGCCGUCGCCGCUCCCUCCUCCCGCCGCCGCCGCUCCCUCCCACCCCGCCGUCCCCUCUCCCUCCGCCGUCGCCUCUCCCUCAGCCGUCGCCUCUCCCUCCGCCGUCGCUCUCCCUCCGCCGUCGCCUCGCCCUCCCCAUCGUCGCCUCCCUCCCCAUCCCGUCGCCUCCACUCCCUCCCAUCCCGUCGCCUCCGCUCCGUCCCAUCCCGUCGCCUCGGCUCCCUCCCAUCCCGCCGUCGUCCCCUCCCACCCCGCCGUUGCCUCUCUCACCUACCCGCCGUCGCCACUCCCUACCCUCUCGCCGCCGUCUCUCCCUCCCAUCCCGCCGCCGCCUCUCCCUCCCAUCCCGCCGCCGCCUCUCCCUCCCAUCCCGCCACCGCCUCUCCCUCCCAUCCUGCUUCGCCACUCUCUCUCAUCCCGCCGUCGCCACUCCCUCCCAUCCUGCCGCCGUCUCUCCCUUCCAUUCCGCCGCUCCUCGCCCUCAUCCCGGCCGCGCCACUCCCUCCCGUCCCGCCGUGGGGAGGUUUGA